UCCCCCCCUAAUUGCUUAUGAAGUGCCCCUUUCCUUGACACGAUUUCACUCUCACAAGUGCAUGCAAAUGCAACUUUCGAAUUUGCAACCAGCUAGCCCCACCCCUCAAUGAUGAAAAAGAAAAGACGAAGCUUUUUGUCUUGUGCUUCUCACUUCUUAGAUCCUAGACACCUGACAUCUUUUUUCUCUUGCUAUAAAACCCUUCCUCUCCCCACCUUCAUAUCAUGCAUUCUCACCCCUUCAAUCACCAUAAACAACUUUCUCUGCCUAAUUCUCUCCCACUUCACCUCUUUUUCUCUCUUAACUUUUACUUAUAAUGGACAGAAACCAAUCCCGCAGGCAGGUUGCUGCAAUGAAACAGUCCCUCUUUGAUCAGGGGUUACUUGAUGAACAGUUUAUCCAACUGGAAGAAUUGCAGGAUGAUGCAAAUCCUAACUUUGUUGAAGAAAUUGUGACUCUUCAUUACCGUGAUUCGUCGCGGCUUAUCUCAAGCAUAGAGCAGGCUCUCAAAGAGAGGAACCCUCUGGAUUUCAACAAGCUGGACACACUUAUGCAUCAGUUCAAAGGAAGCAGCUCAAGCAUAGGAGCCAAAAAGGUGAAAACAGAGUGUAAUCUGUUCAGAGAAUAUUGCAGGGCAGGAAAUGCAGAAGGAUGCAUGAGGAGCUUCCAACAACUGAAGAGAGAAUAUGCAGCACUGAGAAAGAAACUUGAAGCUUAUUUUCAGCUAGGCAAGCUGGACCCCAGGAAACAGCAUGUCGCUCCAAAUGAAGACUUGAUGAAAAUAUGCAUAAUAGGGCAAAUGUAUUAAUGUAAUAGGUGAAAUUUGUAGCAUAAAAAAAUAUAUAUUCACCACAGGAAAGUGAUGUUCGCCCUUUUGAGAUAUUUUGUUUCAAAAUAUCAGUUUUGUUUUUUCAGAUGUUAUAGGAAUAUUACUCUUUCACUUUAUGCAAUAUAUAUAAAUGAUAUCUUCGUAA